AUGUUUGGCAGCAUAGUAGCAGGACGACUCGUGCAGACAAAUUUGCAACAGGUCGACGUCAACAAGUACGUUUUUGAGCUUCCCAACGCACACGACAUCAACCACAUUGUCGUGUUCCUUCUAGGAACAAUUCCAUUCGAGCCCGGAUACGCAGCCACAGUGCAUCUUUUAUGGCCCAACAAGAGCUGGCAGAUGCUCGGCGCCCUGUCGAACGACAAGCCCAGUGCAAUUUUCCGAUUAAAGUCGGCCGUGGAUCAGGACAGCCAACAUAUGCCAGGCGUCAGCGCCGAGCUGGGCAUCUCGAUUGAGCCCAUCGAGAGCGUCGAGCAACAGGUACAACAAAUGCAGCAGAUACGCCAACAGACUGGAGCGGCAAACAUAGGGGGUAAUUCAAUGGCGCUGGUACCCAGCGACGGCGGCGCCAAUGGAAGUUUGCCACUGCAGACGGCCAAGCAGUUUGCUGAACGUACGCUGCAGAGCUUGUUUGACUAUGCGAUGUCGUUUGCGACGCGCCCCGAUUCGACAAUGGGCAUGUUUGGGUCUGGAGCUGCUGUUCAGGUAUUGCCGGUCAAGGUAUUCGAGGAGUGGUACAACAACUUUUCUCGCAAGGUGCAGCGCGACCCGGCAGUCGCAAUGUAA